AUGCCCAUUCAGGUCGAAGUUCUGAAGCAACAACUCGGGGAAUGGCUGCUGCCCAACAUUCUGGUGUUGCCGCUUUCGGAGGCCAGCUGGCGGGUUCACCCUUUUUCAACCAACCAGCGGUACUGGCACGCGACGUUAUUUAACACUAACUACAGGCUUGCGGGAGUCUGGCGAUUAACCUAUGCCCCGGCCUUUGCCCGAGACAUGGGCCAUAGGUACAUGAUGCUGCUCGAUGAUGAUGCCUUUAUCCGGAGUCCAGUUGGCUUCAACAUCGUGGAGACAUUCGACAAGCAAGGUUACUUGAUGGCGGCCCGGAAUAUUGUGCAUGACAUCCCAUGGGUCACCUGGGGCCUCCCGGAGCUUGUGCGCUACUACCUAGUCACCCACAAAGUUGUACCGGCCACACUCUUCGAGCACUGCAAUCCGCCUAACUUGACGGGGCUGUACUCAUUAGAUGAUGUGUCGCACACGAACAAUUCUGAGACUCCCCCUGAGGACCUGCUUGCGCUGCAAGAGCUUCAUCAGCCCACAGAGGGCGGUUGGGAUCGGUUGGUCAUCUUCACCAACUUGGUCAUGUGGAACCUGGACUGGUGGUUCAGCCCCUUGGUGAAUCGCUUCGUGCACCUGUGCGUCGCUAGUGGAGGCGUCGUCGACCAGCGUUGGAAUGAGCAGGCCGUGAUUACCAUGGCAUGGCAGAUAUUUGUGCGGAAGGAACAGUUCUUCAUGUUCAAUUUCAGCUUUGAACACACGAAAGGGUCCUACGUUGCUGAUCAGUUCUUCGAGGAGCACAAGCUUAAGCAUGUUCCUUCACCAGCAUGA